CUAUAAAAAAGGCUUCCACUUUGCUUUCAAAAUGGGGUGAGAGGCGAAACUGAGAAAACAAGAAAGAGGACUGUCUCGUUUGCGACAUCUCAACGCAAAGUGAGAGAGAACCUGAACGAUGCUUUACUUGUUGUUCUUGGUUCUUCUAACUCAAGGCGAUCUAUCCAUGUCUGAACAACUGCCUCAAAACAUAUUUAUCUUAGCCGGACAGAGCAACAUGGCCGGUCGUGGAGGCGUAGUCAACAACACCAAGAACGGCAUCCCCUCAUGGGACGGCGUUGUCCCUGUUCAAUGCCAACCAAACCCAUCGAUUCUCCGGCUAAGUGCCAGCCUCACGUGGGUCCAAGCCCAUGAACCUCUACACGCCGACAUUGAUUAUAACAAGACCAAUGGGGUUGGACCAGGGAUGUCGUUUGCCAACGCAAUCUUGACGAAAGUGCCUAACUUCGGUUCCAUUGGUUUAGUACCGUGCGCCAUCGGAGGGACUUCGAUAAGUGAAUGGGCAAAGGGAGGUUUCCUCUAUGACCAGUUGGUGAGGAGGACUCAGUUUGCCUUGCAGAGGGGGGGAGUCAUUAGAGCCAUGCUAUGGUAUCAAGGAGAAAGUGAUACCCAAAUCAGAGAAGAUGCUGAUGCGUAUGAAGGAAGGUUGGACAGGUUUUUCAUAGAUCUCCGCGCCGAUCUAGGGUAUCCAACGCUACCAAUAAUCCAGGUGGCUCUGGCAUCCGGGGAGGGGCCGUAUGUGGAGAUUGUGAGAAACGCUCAACUGGGAAUUAACCUUCCUAACGUGCAGUGCGUUGACGCCAAGGGACUUCCACUAGAACCAGACAGGGUGCACCUUACCACGCCGGCUCAGGUUCAACUCGGUCAGACUUUGACCGAUGCAUUUCUUCAAUCGCUGUCUAGCCCAAUUCAUAUUGCCAAUAAUUCUUGUAGGAGAUUUUCAAAUCUCAUGUUUCACUCUCUUAUCCGUCCAUUAUUGAGAUUUGUUAUGUUGAUUGUAGCUUUUACUUAGAUUUGUCCAUUGAACAAAAGUUAUUUAAAUGGAACUUACUCGUGAACUCCAUCGAUUAAAAUAAAAAUACUAUUUUAAAUUUAUUUUUUUAA